ACGAGUAUCGUGAGUACAGUCGUAAGUACUGUAUCCUGCGUCGUAGAGAAAUAGAUUCAAUUAUGAGAGACUUCUAGAAUGUUUUUCUCGCGAGUAUAUCGGUUAUUGGUUGUAUCACUAAUACUUAUUAGUGUUUUUGGUGUUGAACAAAAGAAGAUGCUUUCGAGAAAGAGGCGGUAUUUGGCGUUUCCAGAAGGAGCAUCUUUUGUGGUAUUACUAUGUUUAUCAUACCAAAGCAUUGCCGGAGUCGAAAUAUUUUACCAGGGAGUGAAUUUUGGAGCUGCAUUCAGUUUGCCAAAUAGAUCCAGCAUACAAGAAUACGCUGUGAACCACAAGAAAAGAAGAAGAGAAAGAAGAGAUAUGUAUUCCAAAAUAGAAACAACACUAGAGGAAAUGGGCCUGGAGGGCCGCCCUUGCAUAUACAGGGCCUUAUGUGAAGCAUCCCGUCGUUUCAUGUUCAAAUCCAGUAAACUGUCGGAGGAACUGUUACGAAUAAUAUUCAAGUUUCCUCUCCAAUAUCUUUCCCAAGAUGAACCUGAUGAUCAUCAUCUCUAUCAUAAAGCUUAUCGAAGUGGGAAGCAAGAGAAGCAACAGGAUUGCAAGGAAAUAUUUCCAGAAUGUUCAAUAUCCCUGAUAGAUUUGGCAUUAGGGGAUUAUAGUAAUGACGGCAACACUUGAGUGCUCUGGCUUUUGUUUCUCUUAUCAAUCUGCCACUCGUAAAUAAAUCAGUUGAACUGCUU